AUGCCAGCGAAGAACAAGACUGUGCGGCUGCAGCAGCGGCGCUGCAGCAAAGCUGCAGCAAAGCUGCAGCAGAGCUGCAGCAAAGCCGCAACGGAAGAGACGGUGGAGCUGCGGAUUGAGGCUGCUGGACAGCAGCAGCAGCAGCAGCAGCAGCAGCAGCAGCAGCACACCUUCAGCAGCAGCAGCAGCAGCAGCAGCAGCAGCAGCAGCAGCGGCGGGGGCCCCACCGCUGCAGCGGCCCCUGGCCGCAGCGCCCCCUCUACGGCUCCUACAGCGCCUCCAUGGCCAGCAUGGCGGGGCAGCGGGGGCUGGGGGGCCCCCCGGGGGGCCCCCCCAGCCAGGAAGAGCAGCAGCAGCAGCAGCAGCAGCAGCAGCAGCCCCCCUGUCUCCGACAGCCACAUCCUAGCCACAAGUCUUGAAGGGGUUUAUCCCCCCAACACUUGCAAAGACUCUGGAGGUCUUUUUAAUGGCCUCGUGGGCGCCAUUGAGCGGCACAUUCUCCACUCCAACCCCAGCGGCAACGUGAAGAUCGCCUCCAGCAGGCUGCACAUCGGCGAGUGCUUCGAAGUCCCCGAACACUUGGGGACUUUCGCGCUGCGGCGGUCUGGCUCGCUGCACUUCCGGCAGCCGCAGGAAGAAGCAGCAGAGGAGGCUGAGCAGCAGCAGCAGCAGCAGCAGCAGCACAGCAGCAGCAGCAGCAGCAGCGGCGGAGGCGCCGGCGCAGACGCGACCGGCAAAGCCAGAGCCCAGAAAAACCACAAGGCCGCUGCGCAGUCUAAGGCUUUAGGCGGGGCGGAGAAGAACGGAAGUGCUGCGCUGGCGGAGGAGGCGCCCAUAGACGCAUCAACAACGGGCUCUAGGCAGCAGCUUAACAAGUGCUGA